UUUCCUUUCUUUUUCCUUUCCUUUAAAAUUUCUGUAGACGCUUCCAACUUUUACUUAAAAAAACUUUAAUGUUCUUUUCUAUAAUAUCUAUUUAAUAUAAUGUUUAAUCAAAUAUCAAUUUAGUUAAUAACUUUUUGUGUGGAUUUUAAAUAAAUUUAUUAAACAAAAUUAAAUUGUGUUAUUUAAAUUAUGUACCUAUUUUAUAAAUUAUAAUUUAAAGUUCAGAUUUGAUUCUGUUAACGAUAUAAAACAGUAAACAAUAAUACAGUUACACAAAAUUAUAUCAAGGUUUACAAUAAUGUUAUGUUUAUCCAUCUUCCUAUUUCGACAUGAACAUAUCAACAGUCUACAUUCAAGCACAUAAGAGGCUACAUCAUCGAUCAAUAAGAAUAUAAAGUAUAAGAAUCUUCUUCUCAUAAAUUACGAAUAUACAAGGUAAUACGUAUGCAAUAAUGUAAAAUAGUAUCUUUAAUUACAAUGAAUUAAAUAUCUCAAGUUUACGCAAGAUGAAUGAUAGCUAUAUCAUUAAGCAUUAUUUAAUAUAUUAUUUUUACAAAUUAUAUAAAGUUUACUAUCGUGUAGCGCUUGAGUCUCAAAAAGAAAUAUUCAACAAAUAUUUUAUCAAAACUUUUACUACUAGUAAAUAUGUUCUAUCGAAAUAACGAUAAUGUAAUAAAUAAAAAAAAAACAAAACCCGAAAACUGAUUUAGAUUUAGAGAAAUAUAUAUGCAAACUUUUAGUAAACAUUAUAUAAUUUGUAUAUUGUAUUAUAUAUAAAGUUCUUAUUUUUGCUGAAUGUUGAAUUAUAUUGCAUUAAACAUUGCAGACACUUCACUACCUUAGAUCCAAACCAUCAUAGUCAAUAGUGUGUCUAAGAAAAAAGACUUGGAACACAAAACGCAAACGAUGAGAAAUUCAUAUUAUCUGGAGAAAUAUAAUCCGCUUUCUAGAAACUUUAGUAACAUUAUGAUAUAUUUAAAUCUAGUAUAUGUGAAUCUAUCAAAUAAUAUGCUCACCAGUCUGCCAAAAGCAUUUGGAAGCUUACCUCAUCUUCGGCAACUCGAUCUGUCAAACAAUAGUCUCGGAAUUUACAAACAAACCAAAUGGCCAUGGGUCGAGCAAAUUGCCAUUCAAAAGACUUUACUUAUCUUAGAAAUAGCCUGUAAUUCAUUGAACGCAUUGCCUCGGAGUAUCGGUGAAUUAAGUGCUUUAAGGGUAUUGAAUGUUUCCCAUAACAUGUUGAGAUAUUUGCCACACAGCAUUGGAAAUAUACAAAAUCUUGAAAUUUUGGAUCUAUCAUGUAACAUAUUAUUCUGUUUACCAAUAACUUUCCAAUUCUUAGGCAAUUUGGUAUAUCUAGACGUUUCAAUGAAUCCAUUUCAUUCAAUCCAAGUCAAGAAAAAUGAUACCCAGAUUAAGAAAUCGAUGAGAAGUCUUGUUGAUUUAUCAGCUAACAGUGUGCUGCAAUACGGAAUUCUAUACGAUAAAAUAUUACCUCAUACAUUGAUCGAAUACUUGAAAGAAGCAAAAAGUUGUUUUUUUUGUCAUCUUAAAAAUAUGAAUUAUUUACCUAGAUAUUGGUUUGGAUCCAUUGAUGUAUUAAAUGAUAAUGUAGAGUAUUCUCCGGAAGAAAUGUUGCCAUUUGAAUUUUAUGUAUGUUCGUAUGAUUUAUCCAGAUUUUCAGCAAGAGAAAUGAAAAAUAGAUUUAAAAGGUUUAGUCUAGAAGAAAUUAGUAACAAAGAAGAUCAUUUUAGAAAAAAACGUCGAAUUUUGGAAGGCAAAAUUGAAAUAACGGAAGAAUCUCGUCAUAAAAAAGAAAUAAAAGCAAUGGAAGAAUUAUUUUAUUGUCUUACAAAGGCAACUUACAAUUUAUUCGUUAGAAAAUUCAAUAACAUUACAAGAUGGCUAUAUCUAACAAAUUUAAACUUAUCAAAUAACGGUAUUAAAGAUUUGCCAAUAGAACUGGGCACUUUACCUUUUAUAAAAAUUCUUAAUUUGUCACACAACCGUAUUGGAAUUUCCUAUCGAUAUAGAUGGCUAUGGAUAAACCAAACUGAGAUUAGGAAUAGUUUGCAUAUAACCAAAUUACCAUAUUAUAUCGUAAAAUUAAAGGCUUUGAUAUUAUUGAAAGCUACCCAUAAUAUGUUAAAAUGCCUACCAGAAAGCAUUGCAAAUAUGAAAAGUCUUAUAAUUUUGGAUGUAUCAUAUAACUCGUUAUUGUGUUUGCCAUCGACGAUGUUACAUCUAAACUUGCAACUUUUAGAUAUUUCAAUGAAUCCAUGUUUAACCGCAGAUUAUAGAAUGUUUAAAUAUCAGCCUCUAAGCCUUGCUGAAUUGUCAGUUUCAAUAUUGCAUCGAUUUAGCAUUGCAUAUUUAAGUAUCCUGCCAAAUACACUGAUUGAAUAUAUAGAUAUUAUAAGACGUUGCAGUAUUCCUUCCAGAGUUUGCUAUAUAAGCUACGUUGUUCCCAUAGCUAAUCUAAGAAAAUUUAAACUAGCUGGCCAUGUGUCUAAGAAUACGUUAGAAGGAGUACGUUCAUAUGUGCAAUUGGAAUAUAUCAGACGCUUCCCUCCCUAAUUUCUGAAACGAUAAUGAAUAAUAUAAUACAAUACAAGGGUCUGUAGAACUUUGCUUUUUUCACAUCAAGUUCAUGAGAAAAAUUUAAUUAAAACGUCCCAAAAACGCAUCUUUUGAAAAUUUGUAGCUGAUAAACCUGGAUAUGAUAAAGAUUUCAAAAAUGGUUCAAAUUCUUGUACUUUAUUGUGAAAAUGUCGAAUUUUUUAGAACCAGCAUUAUCAAACUUCUGUCACGUUUUUGUUUUUAGGAGUAAAUAUAAUAAUAUGUAUAUAUAAUCUUUUAAGUAAAUUUUUUAUAAAGUUUGUUGUAUAUAAUAUGCGAUAAAAGUAUAUACAUAUACAUUACAUGUAAUAAGUAUAUGACAAGUAUAUGACAAUAUUGUAAGAUUGCAAUUUUUACGGUUAUAAAACAAGUAAUUUUUUGUAAUUUUUGUCCCUUGCAUCUAAAUCUGGAAGUACGAUUGUUGUCUAUUAUGUCCGGUCUACAAGUAAAAUUGUAAAAUUUUUAAACUAGUUUUUUAAAUAUGUACACGUAAGGUUAUACAAUACAAGAAAAUUAAUGUAAGUAACUUUGUCAAUAUUCUGUAAUUCUAAAUAAUAAAUAUUUUUCGCUUACGUUAUUGUAA